AUGAGCUUCAACUUUGGGUCAACUGCAGACUUCGAGCCCCGGCCUUCAGAUGCCUCACCCAUCUCUACUCCCCGGAUAGGAUCUUAUCCCAAUUUCUUACGGAAUAUAGACAACCCAGCAGGUGUGGGCAUGGGAGCCACCUCUAGGCCUCAGAGAGACCUUGCCGUAGCAGCUAACAGGCCAUACACCCCUCCAGUAAGGCCACCUCUGCGAUUAACUCAUGGAAUCAGCAGCUUUGCAGCACCUUCCAAUGAACAAGAUGUUCGCCACCUCGGGCUUUCACCUGAUGGCUACGACGACUGCCCCCCAAGUCCAAUGAAUAGAUCUUCCCACUUUUCUGGCUCAGGACCUGCUUAUUCGACCUCAAAUGAGGAUGUUGAUGAACUCAAUGAGUUUGACGGCCGCCAAGAGCUGACAGUCCCCAUCUUCAACAGCAGUAUGCGUAAGAUCCCAAGGUCUGACAGUGAAACAGCUGUCCUAAUGACGUGGGUGGAUGAAAUUAGAGCUCAGUUUGCUCUAGAGCCCAACCAAGUACGCGAAAUCAAGGGCAUGGUUAUGCUUGCUCGUAAUAUGGAAACAGAGCCACUUAAACUUCAUCUUCUUACACACGCAGCCAUAUGUCGCUCAGAAAAUAAAUAUGCCUCCAACAAUUCGCAGUCUUCUUCUGUUAAAGAAGUGGUUGAUGUUGCCAUGAAUCAGCUUUCAAAGCAUGUGGAAAUACCGGCUGAUACAAAGAACGUUCUUCGUAUGAUUGCGCGUGAUGAAUGUGCAAAUCCUACACGUAGUUCCUACGCCGAUGUGGGGAUUGCAGUCUGGGCAAGAUGCAAAGCCGAAGCCAACAUGCAUGACCUGACUGAGAUGCUGUCGAAGACUAAAUCUGAGACGGCUCUGAAGAAAGCAGCAAAAGCUGCAGGAAACAAGAUUCUGCAGCAAUUUCGCGAUGAUAUAAUGACGACCAUCGUUGUUGAUGAGAGUGGAAAGAAGGAAACUCAGAACUUGGAAAAGGCUACGCAUGCACUCUGCAAGAAAUACGUCAAAGGUGGAAGUGGUGGCACAUUGCACCAAUUUCGCUUUGCCAUGAUUCGCCGUUUCAUGCGCGAAUCCGAGUGCGAAGAACAAGGACCUGUGUUGAAGAGACGCAAGACAAAUAAUGGGGGACGUCAAGCACAGGAUGAGGCCUUUUGGGGUCGUUUUGACAAGUGUCUUAAAGAGAAGAUUGACGAUUAUGGUCAGAACAUGAAAGUCGGCAAGUGGAAGGAGUAUUUCUGCGAGACUGUGCAGGCGGACUGGGAACGUUUCGGUAAACCAAGUAACAUGCUGCUCCCUGCUCUUCCUAUUGCAGCCAAUAGUAACGGAACAACAACUGGACGUGCCCCUCUGGCAGAGGUUCCUAAUAACGCCCACAGUGUUCCUAGAGUUUCGGGGGUAGAAGAUGGAUUGGCAAACCAUGAUGAUGAAUAUACUCAGUUCUAG